AUGCCGCCUAAGGCAAAGGCCACUGCAAAGGCUGCCAAUCCCGAACCCAAAGCUGCGCCAGAGGCCCCUCCUGAGACGGUUGGCGAACGAUCCAAGCAGCGGUACUACCAGACAAACCCCGUCGAGAAGCGAUUCGAAGAGGUCGGAUUCCCGGGCCUGACACCGGCCGAAAAGAAGACGUACACGCACACCAACCUGAUCCUCCCUGUCGCGAACCGCCUUGUGUCACUGUCCAACAAGACAGACCGCGAGUACUGGAAGCACGUCGCCAAGGAAGGCCUUCCCUGUCGACGCCUCAAGAACAACUACCACUGGGGCCAGGACAAGCACGGCCGCGAUAUUGGCACUUAUAGAUUCGAGGAGCUCAAGAAGCGGUCUUUGAAUCAGGCUAAACUGACUGCGCUUGACGUCUUGCACAGGCAGUUUCUGGCCAAGAGAGACGCCGCUCGCAGUAACGGCACUGGGCUCCCCCAGGAAGACAUCGACCAGGAAAAGGAACGACGGAAAGAGAUGGCGGCAUUGAAGAGGGAGCUGUACGGCGAGAUUCCCGGGCCAUUGGCCAAUGAUCCGGAGUGGGAUGAUGUAGCUCCCAUUCCGCAGACUGAGCCUGAGGAUGCUCUGGCCAGGAUCGCCUAUCCAGAUGAAUAUGCCGAGGCUGUCUCUUACCUUCGCGCCGUCAUGGCCGCAGAGGAAUACUCCCCUCGCUGCCUCCGCCUCACCGAGCGCAUCAUCGGCAUGAACCCAGCCCACUACACCGUCUGGCUCUACCGCUUCAAAAUCGUCGCCACCCUCAACCUCCCCGUGCUGGACGAGAUCCAAUGGCUCAACGGCGUCGCCAUGGACAACCUCAAGAACUACCAGAUCUGGCACCACCGCCAGCUCCUCCUCGACCACCACUACACGGCCAUCUCCUCCGACCCCGAGGCAUGCAAGCAGUUUGCAAAGUCCGAGACGGACUUCAUCUCCAAGAUCCUCGCCGAGGACACCAAGAACUAUCACGUCUGGUCUUAUCGCCAGUAUCUCGUCACCAAGCUCGACUACUGGAGCCCCUUUGAGCUCGCCACCACGCAGAGCAUGAUUGAGGACGACCUGCGCAACAAUUCCGCCUGGUCCCAUCGCUUCUUCGUCGUCUUCUCCGAUCCUUCGGUCUCGACCAAGGGUAGCGCCCCCACGGAACACGAUCCCAAGGUACCCGGCGAGAUCAUCGAUAGAGAGGUCGCGUACGCAAAAGAAAAGAUCGAGCUUGCGCCCCAGAACCAGUCUGCGUGGCAUUACCUGCGCGGCGUCCUGGUCAAGGGCGGGCGUGGUCUCGAUACUGUAGGCGAGUUCGCUUCGCAGUUCGUUUCCAACCUGGGCAGCGACAACGAGGACGUCAAGAGCUCUCAUGCGCUGGACCUCAUGUCCGAAGUCUACCACAAGCAGGGCGAUAUCGAAAAGGCCAAGCUGUGUCUGCAGAGACUGUCGGAGAAGUGGGAUCCUGUGCGAGAGGGCUACUGGAAGUACCGAUUGUCAGGGUUGAAAUGA